GGGGGGAGGUGACCUCGCAGGAUAGAGAGAGAUAGAUUGGCGGAUGGUACAUCGACGACUGAACCAGGUGUCGAGACAAUCGAGACGGUUCGUAGCGGCAACAAGGAAGGCACAAGGUAGCCGAGAGAGACAGACAGAGAGAGAGAGAGAAAGAGGGAAAGAGCGAAAGUAAGACGAGAAAUCGUAGUGGACGAGUGGUAAGAGAAAGAGGGAAAGUCGUUAAACAGUAAGAGAAAGAAACAGCCGAGCGGUGAGAGCGAGCGACAAAAAGGAAAGGUGGGCGAUGAACAAGGAAAGCCGAUUGAUUUUCCGAUAGUGGGAGUACGUGGAAGAGAGACGGUACGACAAAGUAGACGAGUAUAGUAGUAUUCGCUAUUAUGAGCGUAGUGGAAGCGAGAGGGGAAAGGAAACGGGAAGGUGCGCACUUGGCGGGAGGAAAAAAGAUAGUGAUACGCUGGCAGAAUCGUGUGCAUGGUGUGCGCGCGUUGAAAUUGAGAAAGAGAGAAAUAGUGCUGUUGUAGAGUAACGAAGACAGCGAAAACGAAAAAGAGGAAGAGAGAGGAAGCAAUACACUCCCGCAUCAAAUUGAAGUGAGACGAAAGGAGAGGAGCGUGAAAGCGCAGCGCCCGGUGAAACUGAGAGUAGGAGGGAGCCGACGGGGCUCUGGGAUAGCCGUUGUCAAGCCGACGUGUCAUCGAGAGAGGAGGUGCGAGCUCCAGGAGCGGCAGGAGAGUGUGCUAUCUAGCAUCCAGACUCGAUCGGACGUUGCGAGACACGCUGAACGCUCGAAAGAACCACGCGCGCCGACGUCAACCGAGAGAGAGCGUUGUUUCUCUCUCUCUUUCUAAUUCUCCCCACUUCCUUUUUCGUACUCCCUCCUUGUUGUCCGUCAAGUGUCGUGCGCGCGAGACACAUCGUCGUCGGUCGUCGGAGCCGUGUGACAGCUCCCGCGCGCGGUUUCCACGACGUGCGAGUUCGAUCGUCGUCAAAGAGCGGAACAAACCGCGCGCGCGUAACUGAUAGUAGAACGCGAGAGUAGAACGCGACAUCACGAACUAAUCGAAGUUCCAGGGAGGAGGCCGACUCGUCCCCGGCGACAAGCCGCCCGCGAGUAGCACGGGGUACCAUCGACGUCAACGUCGUCGGCGAGUCGAUUCGUUGUCGAUUGGUCGGUCAACGACAGUAAGAGCGGUAACAGCAAUAGCAUCAGCAGCAGCAGCAGCGACGGAACCAUGGCGGAUGACCAGGACUACACGUGCGAGGACUCCCUCGACAGCAACACCGCUUUCGCUAAGAAAUUGCGGGGUCGGAAGGGUGCCCUUAAGAAAAAGAAUGUCUACAUGGUCAAGAAUCACAGCUUUAUGCCCCGAUUCUUCAAACAACCCACUUUCUGCAGCCACUGCAAAGACUUCAUAUGGGGUUUCGGAAAACAGGGAUAUCAGUGCCAAGUCUGUAGUUUCGUUGUUCACAAGCGAUGUCACGAAUACGUGACUUUUACGUGUCCGGGGGCUGACAAAGGAGCCGACUCGGACCGUCGAGAGGAUAAAAGCUUCAAGGCGAGCCAAAAGCACAAAUGGGAUGUUUUCACGUACCUGACGCCGACCUUCUGCGACCACUGCGGCUCGAUGCUUCAUGGUAUCGCCCAUCAGGGACUCAAAUGCUCAGCAUGCGACAUGAACGUGCACAAGCGGUGCGAGGAGAGCGUGCCGAAUCUAUGCGGAUGCGAUCACACCGAAAGACGUGGUCGUAUACACCUUCACAUCACCACUUCCGGUAGCAAGCUCUCCAUAGAAGUGCGAGAGGGACGAAAUCUUAUUCCAAUGGAUCCAAAUGGGCUGUCGGAUCCUUACGUUAAGCUGAAGCUAAUCCCGGAUUCGGACAAUGUGAAAAAGAAAACAAAGACAAUCAAGUCGAACUUAAAUCCAGAAUGGAACGAGACAAUCAUCUUCGACCUCAAACCCGAGGAUAAAGAUAGACGGCUGUUGAUCGAGGUAUGGGAUUGGGAUCGAACAUCUAGAAACGAUUUUAUGGGAUCCCUAUCUUUUGGCAUAUCGGAGCUUCUUAAAGCGCCCGCAAGUGGAUGGUUCAAGCUCCUCACUCAAGAGGAAGGAGAGUUCUACAAUGUACCUGUUCCUGAAGAAGGUGUCGAUCUCGUCGAGCUUAAAACUAAAAUGCGGAAAACUUCGGUAACAAAAAAGACACAUACAGCACAGGACAAGGAUGUACCGCAUAAUAUGGGCAAAAGCGAUCUGAUACGAGCGAGCGAUUUCAAUUUCUUAAUGGUACUUGGCAAAGGCAGCUUCGGUAAGGUCUUGCUGGCGGAGAGAAAAGGAACCGAUGAGCUGUACGCUAUCAAAAUCUUGAAGAAAGAUAUCAUUAUUCAGGACGACGAUGUGGAAUGCACAAUGGUCGAGAAACGUGUACUUGCACUCUCCCACAAACCGCCCUUCUUAGUGCAAUUGCAUUCUUGCUUUCAGACAAUGGAUCGCCUCUACUUCGUGAUGGAAUACGUGAAUGGCGGCGAUCUGAUGUACCAAAUACAGCAGUGUGGCAAAUUUAAAGAGCCGGUGGCAGUAUUCUACUCAUCUGAGAUAGCGAUUGGUUUGUUCUACUUGCAUUCGCGCGGUAUUGUCUACCGUGAUCUCAAGCUUGACAAUGUCUUGCUGGAUCAGGACGGUCACAUAAAAAUCGCGGACUUCGGCAUGUGCAAGGAAGGCAUCACCGGAGAUAAGACUACCAAGACCUUCUGCGGCACGCCCGAUUACAUAGCACCCGAGAUUAUCCUAUAUCAACCUUACGGGAAAUCUGUGGACUGGUGGGCUUACGGUGUAUUACUUUACGAGAUGUUAGUAGGUCAGCCACCGUUCGACGGAGAAGAUGAGGAUGAACUUUUUUCCGCGAUUACGGACCACAAUGUCAGUUACCCAAAGAGUUUGUCUAAAGAAGCCAAAGAAGUUUGUAAAGCAUUUCUCACGAAAAAUCCAAGCAAAAGACUAGGAUGUGGAAUGCGUGGGGAGGACGAUGUGCGAAGCCAUGCAUUUUUCCGGCGUAUCGAUUGGGAGAAAAUAGAGAAUCGCGAAGUGCAGCCACCUUUUAAGCCAAAAAUUCAACAUCGCAAGGACGUGAGUAAUUUUGACAAGCAAUUCACUUCGGAAAAGACAGAUCUGACCCCUACGGAUAAACUGUUCAUGAUGAAUUUGGACCAGACGGAAUUUAUGGGUUUCUCAUAUCUCAAUCCGGAGUUUGUACAACACGUUUAAGCGAAUAUUUUUUUCUUAGGCUUAUAUUUACUUCAUAUUUCACUCCAUUCCACGACAUUCAUUUUCCUUUCCCUUUUUAUCACUCAGGGCUCUCUUUCAUCCUUCUUUUUCGCUCUCUGUCAAUUUCUUUCUCUCUCUUUCUCGUUCUACCUCUCUAUCUCUGAAUCUUACUGUAGCAUUCUCAUGACAAAAACGAGCGAAAACCUAGGACUCUAUCAUUUUUAGAUCUCACUAGGAAUUAACGCGAGAUUCUUCGAUGUACUUCUAAGCGAUUGUUGAUUGUACGUUUGCGUUAUUUACACUGUAAAAAGAAGAUAAAAAAAAACAGAAAGAGACAUGGCAUAGAUGCUGAGAGUUCAUUGAACGAAUAUGAAUAUAGUCAUUGCAAGAGAAAGGACGAAGCUGACGAACGGAGAAAUAGUGUGGAGAAGAAAUACGUUUCCUGCAAAAAAAAAAUAAAGAAAAAGUAAUAUGAUCGGCAAGGGAGAUAUUUUAAAAUCGAUAUCUUCGUUCUUUGCGUAUAUUAUUAUGCAUUUACUUCAGUAGUCUCUCUACUGUCGCCUUCCAGAGUAUAUAUAAUAUAUAAUAUAUAUUGAACGAAUGGAUGAAUAUAUGAUUAUAUAUACAUAUACAUAAUAUAUAUAUAUACACAAAGUCAUGGCAUAUAUUACAUAUAAAUAUAUAUAUAUAUAUAAAUAACAUAUAUAAAUAAUAUAUAUAUAUAUAUAUAUAUUAUACAUUAUAAAUUUCUAUCGAUAUUUCGUUAAUGUUGCACUUCUCGUCGGUUUAAUCUUCUUAAGUAGCGGAUCUUUAGAGAUGGGUCCUUAGAUUCUUCGGGUUCAUGACGGAUAAAGAAUUUAUUAGCUACGUUGAGGUCAAUUCUCGUAUUGACAUACACAUACACAUGUAAACGUAUAGAAAUACGCUGAUACAUAUACACUCAUAAACACGAGUCACGUAUGAUUUUUCUUUUUCUUUUCUCUUUUAUUCGUUGUGGAAGCACGAGUCUGAAGGGUUUUCUAGUUUUUCUCCAUUCUUCGAUGGAAGCGCGGAUACGAUUAUAAGUAUCAUGCUCGAUAAACUCGUACACACACACACACACACACACACACGCGCGCGCGCACGCACGCGCGCACACACACACACACAAACACACUAUUAUCAAUAAGUAAUGACGGAACGUUUUUCGAUACGAGUUAAGGAUGCGUUGAGUGGCUCGAUGCCGAUACUAAAUGAAACGAUUGCCGCGUCGAAUAAUACGGAAACGGAAUAGUAUAACAAGUUGCGCGUUUAUGCGGGAAGAAUCGACAAUAUGAACUCCAGUGUAUGCUGGUGUGUAAAAUUUUAUGCACUGUUUGCUGAUGUAAUACACCCUGCAUUAUUCGACACGAUAACGUUUUACACGAGAUGAGAUACAUUAAGAAUAUGCUUAAAUGAUUAAACUCUCUACAAUUACAUAAAGUUCUUGUUGCUUGCUUGAACGGAUCAUAUCAUUUUACGUAAUAUAUAUUAUUAUAUUCUGAAAUCCUUUUCUUGGAGGCGUAUCGUUACACGUAGAACAGAACGUUUGUGCGCAAAUAAUUUUGCAUUGUCUGACAAUCGAAAGGAUCAAGGACAGCGUCUUGAUCCACUUAGCGCUUUUCUCACGCAUCUUUGUAAUUACUCGGAUGCGCCUUCUCUCACCGAGACUUCCUUGUUCAUCUCGUCAAGAUGAACACAAUCAUCGGAGGGAUUUACAAACGAGUAUAUAAAAACAAAGGACAUAUUCACACGAUGUUUCCGAGCCUGUGUUUUUCUCUUCGUUUCGUGGUUCGCGCGCGAAACGGCGUAAAUAGCAUGGUUAAUAAUUAUUAUUAAUUAAUGCGCGUAAUUAAUAUAGAUGUAGUUGAGCUCGACACGGACUUCGUUUUUAUACACUCGGUAUUGGUAACUCAACGAGAGACUCUUUUGAUUAUUCAUAUGAUGCAGUUGUGCAACUCAUGUAACUAUGACGAAUUACAAGAAUGCCAAGGCCAAAAAUGUUAAAGAACUCUCCUAGGCUUCAAGAAUCUAUAGCGACGAAAUAAUCAUUUUUUUCAUUCUUUAUAAGUUCUUAGAACACAAAUCAUUGGUAGAAAGACAGUCGCAAUUCUUCGUUGUGAUAUAUAUAUAUAUAUAUAUAUAUAUAUCACGCAUAUAGAAAAAUAAAGAUUCAAGGAUGAGCUCGAAUCUUUUUCCUCGUCCUUGUUGUUUGUCUCUAAAAUGAAUUUCCAAGAUCAUUAUCGAUUAUGGAUGUAUUACAUUCACUGUCAAAAUAAUGACAAAGUUACGAAGUAAGUUUACGAAAAAAUUAGAUUGUUCUAUAUUGCAAAAAAUUUGACGGCGUUUUCUAUCUGGAUCAAAAAUUAUUUAGGAAGAAAUAAAUAAAUUAUUUCAGUAAAAAGUAGAAUAUGCUCCAAUAGAAGUAUAAUUAAGAAAAUAUAACAAAAGCUGAAUUUUUUAAUAUAAUUAAGUACAAAUAAGUUGUUUUGUAAAUAAACAAAACUUAUUUAUGUAUUUGCAGAACAUAACUAAUUGUAAGUUCAAAAUCACAAUGAAACUUUGCAUAAAUCACCUACUUAAAGUAGUUAUACAUAUAAAAAAUUCAGAUUUUUGUCGUAAUUUUUUAAAAUAAUUUCACUUUUAAUAACAAAAUGGCUAAACUAAAAAUAUGUUGUUAAAUAAAAAUAUUAUAUUAUUCAUUCGACUUUCAUAUGUAUAGAGUUUAUUUGAAGUUUAAAUAUAAUUAAUAUAUUUUCAAUUUCAAUUUAUUUUGGAGGGACUAUGUGUAAUACAUCCUUAACUAUUAUAAUUUAAUUACAAUGGGACUUGCCACGCAUUAUUCUUGAUGCAGAAUUAUUAUGAAAAAGUAUUCAAUUAAUAAGAUUCUUUCCCAGUAUUUAAAAUUAAAUGCCACAUCGAAUUUGUUUGCAGUAAGAACCGUUUAUAGGCAAAACGUUAAAACUGUUGUCAUGAUAGAAAGAUACGAGCUCAGAUUUCUUUACAGCUUAAGACUACCAGUUAAUAUUGAACGUGUUCCGAGAUAAAGGGUUUAAUGUAGUUCCCGCCCUUCUUUUUCAGCGGGCGAUUUUUGCUCUUCAAUCGGGCGACUUCGCGCAGUUUUAUCGCGAAAUUAUAUUCUCAUUUUUGCGUCGAACUUCCGACAUAAUAUCGAGACGUCGUGAUAUAUUUGCCAGUUGAAAUUAGAACUUUAUUCUUUCGUAGUACGUACGUUGCCAAUUAUAAUUUAAUUUUAAUAUUUGCAUUGUAGAGGAGAAAAGGGUAUUAUAGUUACUGUGGACAUUAUGGCUACCCCCGUUAUCUCCAUUAGGUGACGAAUUCUAACAAUUGUUUAUGGAAUUAUUCAAUUAAUAGUCCAUUUUUUAGGUGCUAAUAUGCUAAUACGCAAUAGCUAACAAUUGUUAUAAAGCAUUUGUACUUUUGAGCACUUCUAAACUUUUUCAAGGUAUAUUUUAAUUUAAUUACACACAUUUCCUUAUUGUUUUUAAACUUAAGUAUUAUCACACGAAUGUAUGUACACUCGAGUGUUUUUUGUUUGGCUAUACACAUUUCAAGUUAUACAGAGUUAAAUAGUAACAAGGGAUUUUGUUAAUAUGGUUUUUUAAACAAAAUUUCCAUAACGAAAUAUUUCUUUGAUAAAUCGAUUGUUAUUCUAAAGAGCAAGGAUCAGAAACAUUAGAGAUAUCAUUUUAUAUUUGUUCUUUAAUGUUAAACAAAGAUAAAAUAAUGUCUCUAAAGUCUUUGAACGCGGGAAAAUUGUAAAUCAAAAAAAUUCUAAACAAUAAAAAAUUAAAUAUAUAUAAUUUUGUAACAAAAUACUGUAUGUUUUUUAAACUAAACCAAUUUUUAAAAAUUUAUUUUUGGGUUAGUCAUAUUACCAUCGACCACUUUUUCCCAUCGCUUAUGCAGUGCGUCAUUUUAUAAAUCAUCCUAGGUAAUAAAUAUUACUUUGAGUUUAGAAUCUGUUAAACAAUAUUUUGAUGAAUAUAAUUGGUCCAGUUUCAAUAUAAAAUAUUGAUUAUUAAAUUAUUCAAUAAAAUAAAAAUGAGUGCCAUAUUACCCUCUUCUGCUCUAUUAUAUAUGUUGAUUAUAUUACUAUAUAAGUCAAUGUGGUAGCUAACAUACUAGUUCUCUGCAUAUUCUGCGUUUGCCGCAUUUAUUUAUGUCCCCGAUUACGAAUACAAUUUUCGCUUGCCAAUGAUAUUAUAGCAACUUUGAAGAACAUAAUAAAAAAUGUCUGCAUCCGUCACGAUGAGAAAUAUACCAAUUCCACAUCCACAAUCGAAAACCCAAUAUCGUUUUUGUGAUAAGUAUCAUAAUAUUAAAUUCGAUUAGUUAACACGGAUUCUCACUAUCUCUGCGCGGGCCUGCGCGAUCUGCGCCCGAAGUCUAUUUUUGUACUAAAGAAAAAAAAUUGAAAUUCGUAAGAAGGAGGCUGUUGCUUUCUUCUUUUUCCUACGUGCGUCUAUCUAGUGGAUCUCUCAUUGCUACGAUUGUGGCAUCUUCUUAUAGAGGUUUCUAGUCUGGUUCUCACGUUGUAAGAAAGCACCGAUAAGAAUAGCUGAUAAGUCGCAGUCAUUGAUACAUAUAUCUAUGGGAGAGAAAGAAAGAGAGAGAGAAUGCGUAUUAGGUUGUAAAUCCUAAAAGGUGAUCAAGUAAAAAUAGUAUUUUGUAAGAAACAUUUAUGUUUAGUUUAAUUAGCUUGGCAUCAAGAACGUUCUUACUUCAACAUUAAAUUCAUAUUCGAUUGGCAACAUUAUAUAUAGUCUGUUCAGCAAAAGAAAGCCAUUGGUUUGCGCAUAUGAGCAGCACAGUGAGAUAAGUGUAGUGCGCUACCAAGUAUCAUAUCCUAUGUAUAUUAUACAUAAAUACACAAGUAAAUCAUAUUUGGCCUUAGAAAAUUUUAUAUUUCAACGAUAUUACUCUUGAACAAAUACAUCUAACUAAGCUUUGGCGGUCCAAAAUGACACUCAAAUUGAGUGUUAACUCCCAAAUAAACAUCCAACUUGAGAGUUAACAUUCAAUUUGAGUAUCAUUUUGGAUCGCUAAUACCUAAUUCGGUAUAUGUUUUCGUAAGAGUAAAUUCAAUAAGAGAAAAUUCAUGUUAAAUUGAAUUCACAAUAUAUUUAAAUUACACAUUUUCUUCGAAAAUAUUGAAUCAAACUGUUCGACGGUAUUAUUUCGUGAAUAUAAUAUCAAUGAUAGCAAUGGUAUAUUCUGUUGUCACCCGUUUGAGGCCGCUGACGUCACGAAUUUACAGGAGUCUAUGUGAAAAAGAGGGAUUUUUAAUCAUUCUGUAGAUGGAGCCUGCAUGAAACAAAAUGAUGAGUUAUCAUCCUAUUCGAUAAAGCUUUCUUUCGCUGAAUAGAUUAUAUAAUUAUUAAUAAUAUAUGAAAAAUUUCUAUUAAUUAAAUCUACCUAAUUAUAAAUAUAUUUUAAAUUUCAUAAAAUCAUUAUUUAUGAUAUUUUAGUUUUUGUACAUUUAUAAAAUUCAACUCGAUCGACUACUAUUUUACCUGCCACAGAUGCGAUCUUACUUUGAUAAACAAAUUUGUUAUAAUA